GUGGUUUGCGACGCCCAAGAUGGCCGCCCCCAGGGCACAAUGAGCCCGCUCCGGCCGCCGCCGCCGGGGGGAACGUGGGGCACGGGCAGGGCCGGCCGGUACAGAGCCGGGGCGCUCCUCCGGCAGCGGGACUCGUCCGCGACCGCUCGGCGUGUGGGGCCCCGCCGGAGCUGGUAGUGGGAGAGCGGAGCGUCCCCAGGGAGGCGGCAUGUGGGGUGCCCUGCUGCGGCACGGGGUCCGCGGCGGCGGGCUUCGGUGCCUGUCCUCGGGCGGCCCGCCCUGGAGCCAGGUGGUGUCGGAGGCCGAGAAGAUCGUGGGGUACCCGACGUCCUUCAUGAGCCUGCGGUGCCUGCUGAGCGACGAGCUUAGCAACAUCGCCAUGCAGGUCCGCAAGCUGGUGGGCACCAAGCACCCCCUGCUCGAUACCGCCCGGGGUUUUGUGUACGAUAGCCGAAACAAUUUACAGAUGCGAGGUUUGGUCAUACUGCUUAUUUCCAAAGCUGCUGGACCCAGCACAGCAGAGCUCUCUUUCCAGCACGACAUGGUCAGUGGAAUUUAUUCCAGUCAAAGAAGUCUGGCUGAGAUUACGGAGCUGAUCCAUACUGCCUUUCUGGUGCAUCGUGGCAUAGUAAACAUUGGUGAGCUCAAGUCCUGUGAUGGCCCUCUGAAGGAUAUGCAGUUUGGGAAUAAAAUGGCUGUUUUGAGUGGAGAUUUUCUUCUAGCAAAUGCUUGCACAAGCCUUGCACAGUUGCAGAAUACCAAGGUUGUGGAACUCAUUUCAAGUGCUAUUGGUGACUUAGUUCAAGGCAUAUAUUAUGAAAACUCAAAAUCAUCUGAGGAGAACUGCCUCACAGAUGACAUUGGCAUAUCUAGCUGGAAGGAGCAGAUUUUCCUGUCACACAGUGCCUUGCUGGCCAAGAGCUGCCAGGCUGCAAUGGAGCUAGCAAAGCACAGCGCUGAGAUCCAGGACAUGGCAUUCCAGUAUGGGAAGCAUAUGUCUAUGAGUCAUAAGCUACAUUCGGACCUGCAGCCAUUUGUGAAAGAAACUUCUAGUGACACCAUGGCCUUCAGUUUGAAUUCUGCUCCUGCAAUCCUUCAUCAGGAAUUCCGUGGAAGGGAGGCAUGGCUUAAACAGAUUAGAGAGGCACAAGGAAAAGGAAACAUUGUGGACUAUAAGAAGUUCCAUGCCAUCUACUAAGAAAUAUACACAUACAAUAAUUUGAUUUCUUCCAGUCCCCAUUAUGACUUCUAACUUUACAGCACUGUAUUUGCUGCUUCUCUAUAAUAAAAGCAGACCUGAACUAAGUAGCUUUACUGGAAGUAGCUGGGACGCCUUGAAACUCUCAGAGGGCUGCAGGAGAUGGCUGACAAGGUUCCCCUGGUUAAAUAUUGGAGCACAGCACACGUGUGGUGGAGAGAGAUGACCCUGUGUCCCAAGCUCACUGAGCAUGAGCCUGACUUGUUCUGAGUCUUAAGUAGAUCAUGAAGUCCAGUCAGUUAUCUCCAGCAUCAGUGGGAAAUAAUAUACAAAUUACUGAGCCACGUGCAUGAUUGAGAAUUGCUUCUUGAAGUAGGGCCUGAAGAGUGUUACAGCUCUGACUGAUUGCUGCUCAUAUGGAAGGCUAACACACAAGUAUGUGUCGGAUUAUUGUAAUUAUUUUGUAUUAAGAAAAAUUGCUAUUUGGAUUAUUUAAAAGCCUCUCUGCCCUUCCUUCCUCUUAGAACGGCAGAGGGAUCUUAACUUAGCCAUUAAAAAGCAUCAUGCUUUUAGGUUGUUCUCUACUCCAGUCACAGUCAUAUCAGUUUUCUUUCAUCCAAAUCACCACUGAAAGCACCAAAUUUAUUUUUCAGAUGUGUCUUGGGGACACUUCUGAAAGAGUGAAUGUUUAAGCUAGGUUACUUUUGCAAGUCCAGAAUGAGAUUUCUCCUUUUAAUUGUUAUAACUGUGAUCCACAAUUGUCAUUUCCACAAAUCCACACAGUGUAAUUUCCAUAAGAAAAAAAAAAGGCAAAGGGGAAAGAAAAACAUCUAAAUUUGCUUUACUAAAUCCAACAUUUGUCAGACUAUUCUAUAUUUUGACUGAAAUUAUUUUAGAUCUUGUAUCCGUCACAUGAAAUUAAAAAACUUACAUUAUGCUUAGGCCACUUGGACACUUGAAUAAAAGGUAAAGAAGGAGAGAAAGCUCUUCAAGUUUUGUAUUUUGAGCAAUUGACUUCUGCCAGAAAGCACAUGAUUUUUGCUGGAUUUGGGUAAUUAUCUCUUGCACAAGCACAGAUAUUAUGAGGUGAACGAUAGUGGAAAAUUGUGCACGAUUUUUGUGAGUUCAAACAACUUCCAGCUUUUUUUUUUUUUUUAGGGGUCAUUUUCAAAAGCCUAGGCGAUCACAUCCCUCUUUUCUAUGUUUGUUGGCUUAAAUUAAAAGUGGUCAUUAGUUAUAUCUAUGCUAAAUGAACUCAGGAACCUGCAGCUGUCCCCAGCAGAAUAACUUGACCAGCACAUGCACACAGCCAAUUAGAAGGCAUGUUGUGCUGUACAAGUUAGUAUUUAUUUUUUUGCUUUUUGCUGUGUCGUCUUUCCUCUUCCAUCACCACAGGCAGUGCUUUGCACUUUGCUCAGUCUUUUCUUCUCAGCAUCACAGUCCCUUCUCAUCUUUCUCUUCAGUUGAUACAGUUACUUUAAUGUUCCUAAUCAAAUCUGGGAGCUUGUGUCUCUUUGAGCCUUCAAAAUAUCUCCUCUUUAGUCUUGUAAAAGCAAAGAUCACCAAAACUAGCUGUAGAACUUUUGAAAAUUUUGGUUAUUUUUCUUCUCUUAAUUUUUAUUAUGAACUUCAGUGUGCCACUUAAUUGAGAUAAAAAUAUUAUUCCUUUAGUUAAACUCAUAAGUAUACGUAUACAAAAGUUGUUAGCCUGCUUAAGAAAGUUUUACCUUGCUUGCUGAACUUUCAAUUAAAAUAAUGAAAGUAAAUUUGAGAAGUUGAGAUCCAUCACACUUAACAUGCCUUUUAAAAAAAGGCAAAAGUUUUAUUUCAAUUUUGAGACUGCUUAAGAAUUCUGAAUUGUUCUUUUCAUGCAUGUUAUAUUAAAAUGGUACCUCUGAUUUUUUUCACUGACAAAAAAAUACCAGCAUCAUACUAGCAAGUUUGGUGAGGUCUCUGACACAAAUAUAAAAUGAAAAGCUUUCUAUUAAUUUGAUUAGGUCUGAGACUGCCAGGUCAAUAAGGUCACUAUGUUUUGCAAAGUUUUUUAGGGAUUUUUCAUUCCAACUUUGUUGAAUCUUUUUAUCAGAAGGAUUUUUUAUAUUGUCUGUGUUCUGAAUAUAUAUAUAUAUUCUCACAUUAAUAUCUGGGGGUUUCACGCUGUUUUUUUCCUAUGCUAUCACACUGCAUCCAGGCAAAUUAUUGAUCUGUUGUGUUGGUAUUUGAAAGUCUCUGAAAGAGAUGAAAAAAUUGUUUCAGCUGUUUUUGUGGUGUUUCCCAGAUAACAAAAGGGAAAAUACCAAUGCAUGUUAGGGACAAAUUUCAUGUAUGUAAUUGAAAGAAACAACAACUUUUGUAUGUGGCAAAAAUCUUAGACUUCUUAAAAUCAAGAAGCUUUUACCUGUGUUAUGCAUACCUUGCAUGCAAGAUAAGCUAUGUAAUUCUCAAACAAAUUGAGAUUCUCAGUGUAAUUGUUACCACUUUAUAAUAUUGAUUAAAAACUCUCUGCUGAAGCUGAGGCCUUAAUGGUGCUUGGCAUUAUAGAGACUUGUUAAAGGAGUGUAACAAAGGCCCAACUAGGGGCCAAAUGAGUAAACUAGGAGUAAUUCUUGUUUUCUGGCCAAGGCUCUAGAAAAAUUAUAAGAUAAUACUAAAUAAAGAAAUAAAUCUUGUAUUUUGCAGCCAAGACUGUGCUAUGCAAUGAUUUGUUACUUUUCUAAAUGCAAUAUUAGAAAAGAUAAAUUAAGUCAAUUGAGAGAGAACAUAGCAAAAUUAUUUUUUUUUUACUGUAUCCCUGUCCAUUUGCUCUGCUGUCUGUUGUAGAGGCCUUUCAUCCAAACUGGCAUGGAAACUAUGGCAUAGUCUGGCAUGGUAUGCUGUGACAUACUUUCUUGGUUUGUGUAUGAAAUAUUGUGCACUACAUCAACACCAAGCUGAGUUUGUACAGUGCUGGAAGGCAUGAGUCAGGAUGGGGUAGAUCCAGCUGUUCAUACACUGCAUGACACUAAAGUCUUGACUUCCCAGAUGGUGGGAAGGAGAGAAGAAAAAUGGGAAAGGUCAUAUUUGGUUACAAGGAGGUUUCUCAGUGGUAGCCUACUGCCAUGCUGCUACUAAAUAACAAUAGCAUGGUGCCAGCCAGAGGUGCCAGCCAGAGGUGCAGGCUGCCCUUGCCCACCCCACUGCUGGCUGCCGUGGAGAGUGCAGCCAUCCUGUGCAGUGCUGGCUGUGGGUCUGCAGCCCCAUGGGGUAAGGGGCAGGCAUCCCAUGGCUUUGUUAACAUGCCAGGGAGUCAUCAUGGGACUGUAGGCCACAGGCUGCUCACCCUCUUGCUCCUGAAAUGCAGCAAAGCAUUAAAAACAGAACGUUGUUGUUUGUAGAUGCUUAUGACCCUCUGGGUUUUGCAUGAAGAUUUGUCUUGUUUGUUUUGGAGCAACCACUGCCAUUAGCUCCUUUUGUUACAUAUAAUAGAAAACACAGCAUAGUCAGUCAAUGGGGCUUUUUAGAUGUGUUAGUAGUAUUACAAAAGCAUCCAAAACCAUUCAGAUGAAGCAAUUUUCUUAUUUUUUGGAAUUAAUAUCUGAAUUAUCAAGGUGCACAUCCAGUACCAACAAUCGGUUGCAUCUUUGUUUGUAAUCAGUGGGUAUUUUCCCGCUUCUUUGGGGUGACAAUCAAGCAUAACUUUUGUUUCAUUAAAACAAAUAAUAUGUUUUAACAUAAAUAUGAAGUUGAUUACUUGUGUAUGCUAAGAUGACAAUUAACAAACACUGUUUGUAUUAGGGGGAUUUAAGAAAAUUAUGCUUUUGGGUAAAGAGUCUUCACAACUGCCGUUGUUUGGAUUUAAAACUAGUGGGUCUUGUUAAGUUCUUUGUGAAAGGCCUAGAAAGGCUUUGGUGUCCCUUCCAAAAUAAUAAAGAAUCUGUUCAAUCAA